AUGACACGAAGGUGUGAAAAAAUGCAUCCACAAGAUUCAUGGGAAUGGGCACAUGCGACACAUCGAAUCUCCACAAUUUAUAUUUAUUUCUUUAUCAGUUCCAUGAUUUUUGUGGGAGUUAGUCUCUACUUUUUCUCCAAGGAAUUCGUCGUUUCACCGGACAAUUUCAGUGAGCUGGUCCAUAGUUACAGAUCAGAUUAUACGAAUAAAACGACGAUUAGUUAUGAUGAGGUGAUUGACGCCAUGAAUCCAUUUCAUCCAUUCCAUAAAUUCCUGGCUCGUAAUCAUAUUCGUCACUCUUUUGGAACUGUUUAUGUCAAUCACUGUUACGUGUUUCCAUACCCAAACGGAACAAAUCUUCCCUCGAUUCUCCGUAGAAUGACAUUUUCUGCGCCGGCUCAGGCAUCAAUGAGAACUGCCGUUUUGAUAACUGUCCUGUUACGAAUGGUCAUCGUUCUGAUUCGCACGUCCGAUGUGAUGCUUCAGAAUCCGUCGAAACAUGUACAAAUCCGAUGUAUUGGGCGUGUGUGUACUGUCACUGAUUUGAUGGUUUCCGUGUUUGGAAUGUUUGUGACGUGUCUGCAUUCCAGUGUAGAUAUGAAUGAUUCGGAAUGGUUACCGGCAAUUUGUGAGUACAUCUGCAUUGUCACAAUAGUUGUCUUCUACCUAACGCAGUUGGAAGACUUCACAAAAAUGCAAAUGGUAUUAUCCUGCGAACGAGAGGAGACCAUGUGUUGUAUGGAGUACAUAGAUUUCGCUGAUUUCAAACCAGCAAUGCUCCACGACUUUCAUAAACUGAUUGAGCAUCAGAGAGCAGAGGAAGAGAAGCGACUUCAUAAAUCAAUUAUCUUUGUGUCAUAA